UUUACUGCAAGAGAUCUUGCGUUGGAUAUCGAGAAAUCGAUACCGUCAAUCACCAACCUGUCACAGAUCUGCAACGCAGUUUGUCGCAGGUUUGCGGUAGUAGUCUGUGAAAAUAAUUGCUGAGUAAAUCUAGAGCAAUAUGGGAGAUACUACUCAAUGGCACCUACGAUCACAGCAGCCUGGAAAUCCUGUAGUAUUCUUCGACAUCACGCUUGGGGGGCAGCCAGCAGGCAGAAUCCAGAUGGAACUCUUUGCAGACAUCUGUCCAAAGACAUGUGAAAAUUUCAGGCAACUUUGCACUGGAGAAUUCAGGAAGAAUGGGCUGGCAACUGGAUACAAGGGCUGCGCCUUUCACCGUGUGAUCAAGGGGUUCAUGAUCCAGGGAGGUGACUUUCUGAAGGGUGACGGGACAGGCUGCGUAUCCAUCUAUGGGUCAAGAUUUGCCGAUGAAAACUUUGUGGCAAAGCAUACAGGCCCUGGCCUUUUGUCCAUGGCAAAUAGCGGGAAGGACACCAACGGGUGCCAGUUCUUCAUGACAGUCGGAAAAGCAGACUGGCUGGACAAUAAGCACGUGGUGUUUGGAAGAGUUCUUGGCGAGGGCCUGUUGGUGUUGCGAAAGAUAGAGAAUGUGCAGACAGGGCCACAGGAUAAGCCGAAGCUGCAGGUCCUCGUUGCAGAGUGUGGGGAGAUGUGAGAGGCGACAAACAGAAUAUCACCCCCAUCAGUUGUUUCGGCUUACAGCACAUUUCUCACAAUGAGGACAUCCAAGGGCCUGCAAUCUAUUGAGUCAUGCUAUGGGUUACUCAUUUUAUGCGAGUUAUGAGUAAUCUUGUUGACUGAUUGACCGUAAUCUGAAUUGCAUGCGCUUCCUAAUACUUCAGAGAGAAACCUACUGCUGAGCAUCAUGCAUGCAUGCAAGAUUUUCUGGACAUCCUCUGAAUAAUUGUGGGUGAUCUUGCUGAGGAUGUUGAGACUCUACCU